CCUUCUUCCCCAGCCCACCUAAGGACAUCAACCUCGCCCUCUCCUCCCUCACCUAGACUUCAUCCAAAGCCCUAUAUGCCACAAUCACAACCAUUUUACACAAAUUUUACCAAAUUAAUCACUUUUUAGUUGAAAAUUCUAAAGCUGAUUUCAUUGUGUAAACCUCCUCCACCACUCCUUAUCCUCCCUCUUCCUAUGUUGCUAUCCUCAUCUUCCUUACACUCUCCUCGCCGUCGAGUCCUAGAUUAAUAACCAAAAAUAUUCAUCAACUCGCCCAGUACACUCAGAACCUCAAAAUCGUCGUGACUUAAUAUCACUGAGUUGUUCUUGAAUAGGAAUAUGAGCUCUGCCGAUGAGUUGUUCUUCGACUGGAAGAUCCGACCCAUAAAGCUCACAACGCACCAGGAAAAGCCCCAAAUUAAAGACCCCUAAAAUUCUCUCUCAAGCUAGUCCAACACCUCCGCCACCCACCACUACCAAUGGUCUAACACCUUUACUCACGACCUAUAAAUUUCCCAGUGGCUCCGUUUGGAUCUCGAGUUGGAAACUAGGGAAGACAAGGGGGAUCGAGUCGGGUUUGAGCCCAUAAGAGGUAGAGAUCUGGUGGAAUUUUGCCACAUACUAGGUUGAAAGAGGGGCCCAGCACGGCAAGAUUGGAGAGGGAGAAAAGGGAAGGAGGGAGGGAGUUGAUGGGUUCAAACUCUCUCCUCCGUUUCUCUAACCUGCAAGUAAUCUAGCAACAGUAAUGGAGGUGGGAAGGAGGAGGGUGAUAGAAAGAGAGCUGGAAGUUUAUGUAAAAUUAUAUUUUUCAUGUUCAAAUGCCCAUUGUGGAUAGUUUGUCAAGGAAGGGAAGGAGAGGAACGGAGGGAGGGGGAGUCGAACAAGUGGCGGAGGAGAGGUUGGGGUGACCGAAGAUGGGUGAGGUUGAUGUCUGAGGUGAACUGGGAAUAAGGGUGAUGGUGAUGGGUUUGUAGGGGAUGGGUCCCAUCUUUUUUUUUAUAAAAAUAUUUAAAUGAUUUUUUUUUCUAAUAUUUAAUUAAUUUUUUAAUCCAGUUGGGCCAGCGAGUGGGCCCGCCUCAAGCCGCAUCAACAUUUAAAGGAGGAAUUGACAAACAAACUGACGGAUGUAUGACAUUGCAACAAAUUCGUAAGAUAAGUACUUAACCAGAGGCAAGCAAGCUUGGUUGCACUGAAAAUGUUGUCAAGGAAAGCAAGUUGUGACUCGCAUGGCCAGGACUCAUCCUACUUCCUGGGAUGGCAGGAAUACGAGAAGAACCCAUAUGAUCAAGUUCAAAAUCCAAAUGGUAUCAUUCAGAUGGGACUUGCUGAGAAUCAGCUCUCGUUUGACCUUAUUGAGUCAUGGCUCGCAAGCAAUCCCGAUGCACUGGAGUUGAAAAGAAAUAGAGAAUCUGUUUUCAGAGAGUUGGCUCUCUUUCAAGACUACAACGGCUUCCCUGCUUUCAAGAAUGAGAUGGUAGAGUUCAUGGCAAAUAUGAGAGGAAACAAAGUAAAAUUUGAUCCAAGCAAGCUUGUGCUCACAGCCGGUUCAACUUCUGCCAACGAAACUCUUAUGUUUUGCCUUGCUGAUCCCGGUGAAGCCUUCCUCCUUCCCAUUCCAUACUAUCCAGGGUUUGAUAGAGAUCUGAAGUGGCGUACCGGAGUUGAAAUUGUUCCAAUAAAAUGCACAAGUGAAAAUGGAUACAAAAUCACUGAGUCUGCAUUGCAAGAAGCCUACCAACAAGCCCAAAAAUUCAACCUAAAAGUUAAAGGAGUAUUGGUCACAAAUCCUUCAAACCCUUUAGGCACAACAAUGACUCGACUUGAACUCAACCACCUCAUAGACUUCGCCAUGGAAAAAGAAAUACACAUAAUAAGCGACGAAAUAUACUCAGGAACCGUCUUCAACUCCCCUAGUUUCAUAAGCAUCGCAGAAGCUCUAACUGAAAGAAAACUAGAAGACGACGAAGUAUGGAAUCGUUGUCACAUUGUGUACAGCCUCUCUAAGGAUCUCGGGCUGCCGGGUUUUCGGGUAGGCAUGAUUUACUCCAACAAUCAAACUGUUGUGUCCGCAGCUACAAAGAUGUCAAGCUUCGGACUUGUCUCUUCACAAACUCAGUACACUCUUUCCCAAAUGCUGAAAGACAAGAAAUUCACCGCCAACUACAUGAAGGAGAAUCAAAGGAGACUUAAAAGGAGAAAGGAGAUGCUUGUUUGUGGGCUCAAGGGGGCAGGGAUUAGGUGUUUGGAAAGCAAUGCUGGGUUGUUUUGCUGGGUGGACAUGAGGCACCUUUUGAGGUCCAACACUUUUGAAGCUGAAAAGGAGCUUUGGAAGAAAGUGGUUUGUGAAUUCGGGUUGAAUAUCUCUCCCGGUUCUUCUUGCCAUUGCUCUGAACCGGGUUGGUUUAGAAUGUGCUUUGCAAAUAUGUCUGAAGAAACCCUAAUGGUUGCAAUGCAACGUGUCAAGGCCCUCGUUGACUCCGCAAUUGUUCACCAGCAAACAGGACUGUCCAAAUCCAGGUGGUUAAAGAGCAAGUGGGUUUUCCAAUUGGCUUCAUAUGAGCGUGAACCAGACCGUUAGUUAAUUAAGUAAUUAAUCCUGUGUGACGUACUGAAUUUAUUUGUUUUGCUGAUAAGGUAGAGAUUAAGCAGGCGAUGCUUGCAGAUUAUGUUUUCAUCACCAUAAAAUGUAGUUAAUUAUUGUAUUUA